UUUUAUAUCUUUUUGAGUGGCCACACCCUGGAUUAUAUGCUAAGUUUUAGGGAUUUAUCUGUAAAAUAAAUUUGAUAUAAUCUCCUAUAAAAACCCUAAUGAUAACCAAAGUUAGGUAUAGGUUUCACAUUUGAAUGCAGAUUUAGGUAUUUUUCUUCAAUUCACCAACAUGUCAAACUUUGAGCAAGUAUUCGACUUUGAAGAACGAUGGAGUUUUAUGCAGAAGCGCAUCAAGAAACUCCAGGACAAUCUAGAAGGCUUGCCUGAUACUCACCUCACUUCUGAGGAUAACAUAAUGCUAUACACAACCGUCUACAAUAUAUGCGCUCUAAAGUCUUAUGACGAUAUAUAUUCCGAACUAGUUUACGAAAAGUACAAGCAAGUGUUUCCUGAAUACAUCAACUCAACUGUUAUGCCAUCUUUGGAAGGAAAGAAAGACCAACUCUUAUUAAGAGAAUUGCUUAGAAGAUGGUCAAAUCAUAAAACUAUGACCAUUCGGCUCUCAAAGUUUUUUAUCUAUCUUGAGAAAUACUAUCUCCCAAAACUUGUUGUUCCUUCUCUUCAAGAAACUGGUUUCUUAUCCUUCUAUCACUUGGUAUGUGAGAGAAUUAAUCAACAAGUAAUGGAUGCAAUAUUAGCAAUGAUUGAUCUGAAACUUGUCGGAGAGACAAUUGAUGAAACAUUGAUCAAUAAUGUAUUGGCGGUCUAUUUAGAGAUUGGAGAAAAUACAAAUAUAGAGGAACCAAAAGAAUUUGCAGAAACAAUGAGGAUGAAAGUCAAUGCAACAUUCUAAAUGCAUGUGGAAGCUUCAAAUUAGAUCAAAUUGAAAGUAUAUAACAUAUGAUUGCUACUUUAUUUUCAAUUGUAUAGCUUGAUACUAAGUGGAGAAUUGAAUCUUUCGAUUUGAAAGUAUAAAAGAAAUUGUAACUAUGUUUGAUUGAAAAUAUUUUUACAUACUUUUUCAAUAGUAAAUUAAUCUCCUAAAUUGCUGCUACAUCUAUAAAAACAUAUUUUUAAGUGGUUUUGAGAAAUCACAAAUUCAAGUUGUUUGUUGUUUGGAAUGAAAAGCUGAUAAGGGUGCACUCUUGGUGGGUUCUCUUUAUAAGCUAGUUGCUCAAGUGUUGGAGUCAGGACUAGCUAUGGUUAUGGAUAAACAUGUUUUUUAUAAUGAAUCAUUUUUCCUUAAAGGUAAGUUAUUAGUUGACGGUGUAAUGAUAGUGAAUGAUUUUGUAGAUUUGGCAAUAAAAAGUUCAAGAAAACAUGUCUCAUUUUAACUGGGGAUUUUGAAAAAGCGUAUGAUUCAGUGAAUUGAAGUUUCCUGAAUUAUAUACUUAUUAAAUUUUGGAUUAAUGUUAAGUGGAAAGCUUGGAUGCGGGUCUGUGUGUAUCCAGAAACCUUCGAAUUUUGAUUAAUGGGUACCCGACUCAAGAAAUUAGCAUCCAAAUGGGGAUGAACCAAUG